AUGUAUUCUGUUAGACACUUAGACGUAGACUUGACUGAGAAGCUAGACUAUUCAUCUGCCGUUGCAUUGUUGGGGUUUUCUCUGAUCCUGGCUGUAUUGCGAGUCUUCAAUGUGAGAGACGAGGCAGCAAGGGUAAUGGCUGCUGCUCCCAUUCUUGCAUUUGUGACAACCCACAUCUUGUAUCUGAACUGUUACCAGCUUGACUAUGGGUGGAACAUGAAAGUCUGUAUGUCUAUGGGCAUGCUGCAGCUUAUCUUAUGGGCUGUCUGGGCAGGGGUUACUCGCCAUCCGUCACGCUGGAAACUAUGGGUUGUGGUGAUUGGUGGAGGUCUCGCUACACUCCUUGAGUUAUAUGACUUUCCUCCCUAUAGGGGAUUUGUGGAUGCCCAUGCUCUAUGGCAUGCCACCACCAUCCCUCUGACCUGCUUGUGGUGGAGCUUUGUGCGGGAUGACAGUGAAUUCAGGACAACAACUCUCAUCAAGAAAGCAAAGUAGAUUGAACAAUCAUGUGCUUCUAACUGCUAGUUAUGUAUGAAAUUAUUUGCUUGUCAGGUCUUUGUUAAUUGUCAGCAGGCUGUCUUUUUUUUUUCUCGCUGUGUGCAUUUCUAGGAGAUGCCUACCCAUGCGAGUUUCUCUAUUUCCAACUUCAGUAGGCCUAGCUUUGAUUCACUGUUUGAUUUUCAAAUUCUUCUCCAGUAGCUUUGUAAUAGCAUUUGAAAUUCUGUUGUUGCUUUUUGUGCUUAUGUGGCGUGAACUUUAUUUGAGCUAGGGCACAAGAUCAAGUCAUUUAAAGCUCCUUGAGGUGAAUAUUUAUGACGUGUGUUUCCAUGUG